CUUCCCCUCUCCAGGGUGAUCCAACCCCAUUGCGCCUCCCCUUCUUUCAGUCAUGAUGAUGAUGGCCCGAGCACCAGGGCUCUCCACCGUUAUCUAGUUAUGAUGGAUUCGUUUACUGCUUCCGGUCUGGAUCGUUAGAAGCUAACCGACCAUUGAAGCGCCCACAUCCUAGCUCCUUUGACACACCCGGUCUGUUCAAUGUGAUGCCCCCACAUCGCAUUCAAUCCCAGCCCCGCGAUGAUGCAAACAACCUGGCCGACGAUGCCCUUGGAAUCGCCCAAACGCAAACGCGCAUCAUCCGAAGAAUUGGACUACUGCAGUCCUCCUGCCUCCCCGACGUCGAGCGUUUCUCUUCCCAGCCUUCAGGAAACUAGGGUCCGGGAAGCAGAAGACUGGGGAAGAUACAGCCCGCGAGCAGUAGUGGCUAGUCGCCUAGGACAAUUGGCCAUCCGCGGGGAUCAAUUCUCUACGUCUCCCAUUCCGUAUGGAGCAGAUCCUUCUGCGCAGUCGGGGAACUGGCUUAGCGCAUACGAUGAACCCCAAGGCACUCACGACGUACCCGAAACGAACCCUUCGAUGGAGGGCAGUCCCAGCCCAGGUGGAAUAGCAGAGAUUGCAGAGAGCAUUCGACCUCGCGACGGUGACAAAAGAUCUCCGGCGUUACCCAGCAAGAAACGGUCCACGCCAAGCCCUCGCAAGAAAAGAAUCCCCUCGACUACCUCUAAGAUGCGCACCGGCAGAGCAUCACCCCCUCUCACGGGCAAGACAGCUGAGGACCCCCUUACCUGGCAUGACUCAGAGAUUACCGGUCAUAAUCCGACUGACCCGACUGAUGAUGGAUACGGCAUGAAUGGUAUCGGAUUCAAGCCGACUGCAGCUAUGGCUUGGGCUCGGUCACAGAGGAGACAGAAACAGGUUGCAGAAUGGAAAAACCGCGAGGCAAGAGAAGCGCGCGAACGGCGACGGGAACGCCGCGAUGGCGCUGAUUUUGAUAAGAUACGGACCAUCCAAUCGGGCGCUAUUCAGAAAAAGGUCAAAUUUGACGUCUAAAUGCCGCUACCAGGAAGUCUUAUAUGAGCCUCUUUUCUAUAAAAUGGGGUAUUUUUGCGAAAUUUUAACCUCUUGGAGUUCUUUGGUUCGGGAUAAUAUGAAAUGGGCGUUGGUCGUUCGGUUGGAUGAGUGACAUCGCCGACAAGGUUGGAUAGGGCCGCGGCCCAUAACACAAGUAGAGGAAUAUGUACUUGGAACCCAACCUACUAUACACAGUACUAUACAAUGAG